AUGCGAUGCAUCACAGCCAAUCGAUCUGUACUCACAAGUUUAGAUCAAAAUGCGACACUUCCUGAUCAUUAUAAUAGUAACGAGACUGCGACAACUAACGAUAUCGAAUGUAUGGACAUCAUUCAAUUCGCUGAUGGUUGGUAUUCGUAUCCUGAUCUGAAUACAUUCAGCAGUACUUUACUACUUGAUACAUUAACGAUUCGAAAUGUCAAAUCGACAAAAGCAAUAUCGCCAUGGAAUGUUAAAGCAGACAAUCCAACAAUUCUUCCAUUGACAGAAAUUGCUACUCGACAGCUUGAAGCAUUGUUUAAUCUAUCACAGCUACUUUUCGGGUUAGCACGAGCUGAACAAUCGAACUAUACAUUUCGAGAUUUACAAUUGGGACAACCAGCUCAACGAUUUAGCGAAGCAGGAUUUAACAAAUUUCCGAAUGGUAACAAUAAAUCCAUUGAUUUUUUUCACGUCUUUCAACUUGUUGUGAAUGAUAUUGUUAAAUCGGGUGCCAUCGACAUUGUUUUUCUCAUGUACAAAGAUCCACGUAUUCGGUGUGUCAAACAAAAGUGUCUGGAUUUAUUAAGUAAUGUUGCGACGUUGCCCGAAGUCGCUCGCUUAAUUCUCGAUCGUUAUUCGGAAUUUCUUAUCCAAUUAGUACAAGGCAUUCGUGAUGGGCAUUUGAUCGAAGAGAAAAUUCCUUCAUUGUCCGUUCUCUUGCGUCUAUGCAAAGUCAUUGUUGAAAAGAAUCUGUUGAGCGCGUAUCAACAUUUGAUCGAUAUGCAAUUUAUCGAUAUUAUCAUUGAUCUUUUUGAAAAUAAUGAAUACAAAUAUCUCGAACAUGUCGUUUAUUUUAUCAAAUUCGAAUCUCUCGCUCUUCAAUGUCUUCACAUUAUGUUACAAUGUGCUGAACAUGUUGACAUGUGGUCAGAAAAAGCGCAAAUUCGUCUGGUCAAUUACUGUUGCACAUUAUUACAUAAAUCUGUGUUAGACGAUGAACAGAGAACGCAUCGUCAUUAUCAAAAACGAAUAGCAUUGAAUCAUUUGAUUUACGCCGAACAACAUUCAAUUAUCCAUUCGCUUAGUUAUGUAAUUUUAACAUUUUUAAGUGUUGUUCGAUGUCGAAAAGAGAUUGGCGCAUUUUAUCGUGAAAACGAACAUUUCAGAGAAUUGCUAAGUGCCAUGAAACACAAAUAUGGUCCCCGAACGGAAUUCAUAUCUCGUGAUCCAGCCAUAUCCAAUGCAUUGAGCCAGGUAGCGACUGUUAUGUUCGAUCGAUAUCAUCGGAAAAAACGACGAAACCAUCAUUAUCAUCAUUAUCAUGAUCAACAACAGUUAGAAGAGCAUAUGAAACAGCACAUGUAUCUAGACAAUGAUGUUGACGACGAUGAAGAUCAGGAUGAAAAUCGAUCAUAUCGCAAAUGUUCAAAUUCCUUGUGUCAAAUAACAGAAAAUGAUCAAGUCAAAUUUCAAUAUUGUCCACAUUGCCAAAAACUGUCCUACUGCAGUCAAUAUUGUCGUGAAGUUCACUGGACGCUCAACCAUAAUCUAUCCUGUCGAUCUGCUCAACAAUCGAAUGAAAAAGACGAGAAUUCGAUUGUUUUACAUCUCUCCGAUCGGUUCUCUGAAAGUCUACCACAGGUUUAUCAUGUGAAUAAUACCGUGCCGAUGUCAAAUAACUCGGCAUUUGAAACUUUACCCGUUCAGACUUCUCAAGCAAUGAUUGAAGCAACAGCUGAGAUUACGAAUGAAACGUGUUAUCCAUCGUCGACUCCAUCAUCAUCUACAACUGUGAAAAAGAAGUCGUUUAAAACUCUCUUAUCACUUCUUCGUUAA